CUGUGCCGUACCCGCUGUCAUUGCAACGCAUAUUGUUUGUGUGACGAGAUGGGAGAGUUCCAUCGGCUACGCUUCAGACCACUGACGACUAUCGCGCCAUCGGCAUGAAUAAAAAAACACGGCUUAAAGCAUAACUGUUCGGCUGCGGCUCUCCAGACGUGAUAAAUAGCACGACGGCCAAGGAACAGAAGGGCACAGUGAACCGUGGUGCGUGAACGUAAACAUAAUACCGUCGGAGGAAGAAGUGUGCGCUGUGCGUUUUGGUGUGAGCGGCUUCGGUGUGUGCAUGUGCUCUGCCGCCCAAAGGAAAGGAAGCUGUGUGCACAAAAGGACAACACAUACGCACACACCCGGGAGGGGUAAAGGUUGAGUCGUGCUCGUUUUUGGGGUGACGAAUUUGGUGCCCCGUGAUUGUUACGUGGUGGUGUUGUUCAGUGCUGGUGCGCGUGUGUGUUAGCCCCCCGCAACAACAACAAAAAAUCACCGUUUAUGUGGGAAGAGUGAGUUGUAGUGUGUGCAGCAACCCUUCCCAAUUACGACGACACCGAAGGACGGAGAGAGAGAGACCGAGCAAGAGAGGAAGGGUACCGGCAUUAUCCUGCGGAAUUAGGACGAGGCCAAUCGGACAGCAGGAUGGGCGGAUUGCAGGCGGCCUGGUCCAUCAUGUCGAUGGUGACGCUGACACCGUUCUUCGCCUUCCUAUUUUCCAUCGUGUUUAUGGCAUCGAUCGGAAAAUCGUUCGGCGUGCGGCGGCUCUACGUGAACCUGCUGGUGAAAAUAUUCGAGUUCGGUCGUCAGAACAUUGAAUCGGUGCGGAAGCAGCAGUUUGCCAACAUUACACAAUCAGAUCCAGAAGAUGAGGACGCACCCAGCGGUGACAAUCCUAGCCCGGACGCGGCCGACACCGGCGAUGGCACGGGCUGCGCCAAAACGAACGGCACCCUACCGAACGGGGGCAGCCACCGGUACAUGAACGGGCGCGACACCUCCUCACACAUUGCGAACGGUGGCAACACCGUCAUUAGCCGGGCCGAAUCGCUCAUCCUAUCGCCGGAGAUGAUCGAUGACACGCGCAGCAAAAGUGCCGAACCGCAGGAGGAGGGCGCGGGUGGUGGUACGCGCGAUCAGGGCGAAGAGGGCGACGAGGAAACCAAAUCGGAUGGGUCGGAGGGCGGCGGCGAGCACGAGGCAGCCGGCUUCAAGCUGUCAAACUGUCUCGACUACGUCAAGUCGGGCAUGGAGGCCAUCAUCGAGGAUCAGGUGACGAGCCGGUUCCUGGCAGAGGAGCUUAAAAAUUGGAACCUGCUCACGCGCACCAACCGGCAGUACGAGUUCAUCAGCUGGCGGUUGACGGUGAUAUGGAUGAUCGGGUUUUUGAUUCGAUACUUCAUCCUGAUGCCGAUGCGGGUGCUCAUCUGCUUCAUCGGGGUGGUCUACUGCGUGAUUGGCUUCGCGUUCGUGGGCAUGAUUCCGACGUACCGGUUGCGCCGUGCGAUGAACGAUAUCGUGUUUAAGCACACGUUCCGUAUGAUUACCCGCUCGAUUUCGGGCGUGGUGCGGUUCCACCACCCCGAGUACAAGCCGAAAAACUGUGGCUUCUGCGUGGCGAACCACACGACACCGAUUGACAUUGCGAUCCUGUCCACCGACUGUACCUACUCGCUGGUCAUUUGGUUGACGCUCUGCACCGCCGUCGUGGGGUGCGUGCCGGAAGGUUCCAUCAAGCGCGCCCUGGUCAAGAAUGUGCUGAUUCAGUGUUUCGGCUUUCUGUCGAGUGCAUUAUCAUCUGUGGUCAAUUAUCAUAACAUACAGAAUCGUCCAUUGAAUGGCAUCUGCGUGGCAAAUCAUACCAGUCCCAUCGAUGUGUUAAUGUUAAUGUGUGACAAUUGUUACUCGCUGAUCGGGCAACGACAUGGCGGAUUUUUGGGCGUGCUUCAGCGUGCCCUGGCCCGAGCCUCGCCGCACAUCUGGUUCGAGCGUGCAGAAGCAAAGGAUCGUAUCCUGGUGGCGAAGAGGUUAAAGGAGCACGUGACCGAUCCGAAAAAUCCACCGAUCCUAAUCUUCCCCGAGGGCACCUGCAUCAACAACACCUCCGUAAUGCAGUUCAAAAAGGGUAGCUUUGAGGUUGGCGGCGUCAUCUAUCCAGUGGCCAUCAAAUACGAUCCACGGUUUGGUGAUGCUUUCUGGAACAGCUCGCGCUACUCGAUGAUGCAGUACCUGUUUCUCAUGAUGACCUCCUGGGCGAUCGUGUGCGACGUCUGGUAUCUGCCACCGAUGGAGCGGCAGGAGGGCGAGUCGGCGAUCGAUUUCGCGAACCGCGUGAAGCGCGUCAUCGCCGACCAGGGCGGUCUGGUCGAUCUCGUCUGGGACGGGCAGCUGAAGCGCUCGAAACCAAAGAAGGAAUGGAAGGAGAAGCAGCAGGAGAAGUUUAGCAAGCUGCUGAAGGGCGAAUGACAGUUGGCCUAGCGGUCACCGGCACGAUCCUCCCGCUGGCAGCCCCAGCCACCGGGUGCAGCGGAUCGGAGCAGUGCUAAAGCGUCCUCCACCCCGUCACCUCAGGAGGCGCCGGCAGUGGCAGAACAAAGGCAGGAGGCUAGUCCGCAGUGAGCGGACCCCGAGUAGUGCGGUAGUUGCAUAUACCGCAACGCAUAGAUGCAAUAGAGAAUGAGCACGGGCGCGGGUGCAUUCCGCGUUCUGCGUAACCAAUAAUCAGUCAUAACAGGACAAAGGGGGUCUCCCCUUUAACAAACACACACAGACAGUCACACAAACCAAUCAAAUUCUCCGCCCUUUCGGAAGUCCAACCGGUAGGGAAGUGAGAGGAGAGGGAGUAUGUACAGUGUGUAGCAACCGUGUGCUCAUUGUUUGUGUGUAUCAUGUGUAACGCACCAGACAAGCUGUACAGAACCCGAUGUGCACUGUUUGCCCAUGUAACAACACCAACCAUCACCACCAAAUAACGACAACAAAUUGUGUACUAAAUGCGCUUAGGUGAAAUGAUUUUCCUCGCUCGCUGUGAAAAAGCAUUCUUAAUUUAACCGAUUUCCCGUACCUCCUCUACCCCAUACUAUACCAUCGUUUGCUGCUCGUUUUUAAAGAAGUAUAUGUAGCAUUUACGUUUCAAAAACACACACACAAACACACGUACCGCUUCGCGCUGGGGGGAAGCCAUUCAGUAGUACACGCAGUGUAGUACAAACCAGGAUCAUCAGCAGCACAGUAUCAGGAACCUUUACUUAAGUAGAUCAGGAGUAGCGCCCCGGUAAACGUAACCAACCAAUCAACCAACCAACCAACCAACCAACCAGAGCAUAAAUAGUCAGGCACCAAAACCAACCAGUAGAUAUUAGGUAGCACCUUUCUAUUAUAGAAUUUUCUAUUUCCUUUCGCUUCUGUCAUUUCCUUUCAAUUGUAAACUUUACUUCUACUAUCCUCCUUCGAUGUUUGUGUGUGUGUGUGAAUAUCUUUUACAUAAGUUUGUGGUAAUUAGUCCUAUUUUUCCUAACUUCUUAUUUCAUUUUUUUUAAUCUUCCCUUGUCAAAACUGUAAAAAAAGGGUGUGGAUUUGAUUGCCACCUGUGUAUUGCAUGUGUUUCCAGAAUGCUGUUUGUUUGUAAUUCACUCUUUUUCCUUUCCUUUUGUUAGGACUGCUCACAUGUAUAGUUGACCACAAGAUUGUUUCCUUCCUUCUUUUUUUCCUUGCGUUACGUUGUAACGUUUCGGGGCAGCUUUAUCCCGCCGAUUGCAGGCUGAAAUUGCAUGGCAGCUCCUAUAACCUUCUAUGCCACUCACACACACACACACAAACAUACCCACACCGUUAGAUUAGGAGUGGAAGGUACUGUAUGGCAUGAAAGUAGCAUUAAUAGUAACUGUAUAUCAUAAGACUGAACCAAGAACAUGGUGAUGGAAUGAGUGAGGCGGUAAAGAGAAGGGACCGGUGGUAGCAAAGACAGUGAAAAGGGAGGGGGUACACACGCAGGACCUUCGUUUGUUAUCCUAUAUAUAUGUAGGCAGGUAAGGCUGUAGGUGAGCUGGAUGCGGUUAAUGUUGGCCAAUGUGCCAAUGUGAGAGGCAAGGAGUGGUUUGAUGCAAGUAGAUAUUUAUACCGAGUAAGGAAACCGUGACCGUUGCGCAUAUCCUAAUGGUAGGAGAAACGAGAAGAUGUAUGUAAAAGAGACAGAGGACGCAGUGAGAAGAUUAUACCGAAAAGUGAGAUUAAAUUGUGGUUCGUGUGGGAUGGAAGGGAGAAAAUAAAAAGAGCAGAAACAAAAAGGAACACGAGUGUCACACUGUGGACAAAACAUGCCGUAGUAUAUCGCACCCCUUUUAAAGUAACAUCCACAAAUUGAAGAUUGAACAAUCAAGCUCAGUGAAGUGAAAGACAGCCAGUAGGGCAGUGAGAUUUGUCAUACCUGUGGUGGUGGUGUGUGUGUGGCGCGCGCAAUCGAAACUAAAACACGUGCGCACCAAACACGUGUUUCGAUAGUAAAUCAUUUUGUAUGCCUCUGGUUUUCAGUGCUUGCAUAAUACAUAGCUGUCGAAGAUUUAUAAAGUUAAGCGUUGCGUUACGGUUUUUGUUGAGCAAUUUUAGUAUUGUGUUGAGAAGUGUUAGCAGUGUUUUUGUUUUACAAAUGAAAGACAGACGCCAACGCAUAUGAUUUCGUGCGAUAGUAAACAAUUGAACAGGCCAUUCGAUCAUAUUAUGAAACCCCAAUUAUGGUGCCAACUUUUGCCGAGCAGAAAUGGAGGGUUAAGAAAAGCGCGCUCUAUAGCUCUGCCAUUAUUGCAUCCUUUGUACAUGUGUUUGCUCUGUGUAGGACUAUCAGCCCGGCGGGGCAGUGCAUUAUUGCUUUAUAAGGAACGUCCUGUUGCACAGUUGCCUGAACAUACAUACAAAGAAAAAGUCAUACAUGCGCAAACAGAAUCAAAAGUUAGUCAAAAACACAAACACACUCACACCUUCUACUACAGUAGACGACAAAUGGCGAUAGCAGGUUAGCGUAUAAGGGAGUUUGCGUUUACCCAUUUCCGGUGCACUACACUGUACAGCGCACGAAACAGCAGUUAAUCGUUGUGUAGUGAAAGCAAUAGAAAUCAAGGUUUUGUUUUUCUUCCUCUUCAGGAUACCACUACAAAGACAAGAUGUAAUGUCCGAUGUACCUUUACAUCUAUUACUCGUACACGAUUUCAACCGCAAACAGUGCCGUGGUGUGCACUGUGGGAGCUUUUAUUUUGACUUCGCUUCUUUUGCUGCCCACUCGGCGAUUAAACGUUACUAAGGUCUCGGCGAAGCAUAAAAUAAAACAGGAACGAAACAAUUGAGAGCAAUGGACAAAGACAAAGGGGAAAAGCGUUAAAGCUGUGAGAUGGAUUUAGGUAGUGUGGUGUGGCAGACACAAUCUGCAAUCGAAGAAACGUUUUUGGCAAGAGCAAAUAAAGUUAAUGGAAGUGUGGGAACAAGAUAA